ACGGUAUGGACACACUGCAAAGUGUUUGGGAUGUUCGAUAUUUGUGUAAAAUUCUGAGAGACCUGAAUGAAAAGAGGCAUGCAUUAGGGCGUCGAACGAGGGAUUUACCAGCCCAGCAGAUCCUUGCCAGCGCGUGAAAAGCGAGACGAGUGAAAAUCGAAUCGGUUGGCACGGUCGCAGUCCAAUUAAUUUCGAACUGAACUGCGCGAUUUGCAGGAGAUGUGUCUAUACCUGCAUGUGCAUGUGUAUCUGUGUGCGAGGUGGCCCACGGCUGUGUGUGUGAGCAGCGUGUGAGUGUGUGUUGGUGUGUGGGUGUGUGUUGGUGUGUGGGCACACUGGAAAGAAUCAAUAAAGGAUGUGCUGCGGAUUGCUGAGCGAGAAAAAAGGACGAAAAGUGCUAGCCCGAGCGAAUUAACGGUUAACUUUUGGCACGCUUAACGGAAUAACGGUCAAACAAGUCAAACAAACCGAGAGAACAGUGAAAAUAACGAGAGUGCGGGCACAGUUAAUUAGCAAAUUAACGAGUGGGUGGCCACAGGAUAUCAGGAUUUCGAUAUAUUUUGGAUUCCUGCACAUGAACAAGAUGAUGAGAUACUGCCUCAUAAUUGCUUUGCAGCUGUCGUUGGCAUACUCCGUGGAGGUGCACUUUGAGGCGCCGGACAGUGGCUUCUUUCUGAAGCACGCCCGUCAACCACCUGUGACGCCGGAGAUCGCCAACGUGCAAACAUCCUCGGCAGUGCCGCCGCUACGGCAACGAUCCACAUACGAUUCCGUGUUAUCCCUGGACAGAUUUACUGUGGUGGAGACCACGCAGCCGGUGUCCAUUCGCGCCAGCUAUGGACCCUUUUCCACGAAACAAACGGUGCCAGCCCGCUACAUUGUGCCGGACACAAUGGACAGCCAGUCGGGCGAUUAUAUGAACAAUGCCACUCUACUGGAACUCCAGCAGCCCAACAUGCAUCUAGACAUCUCCGCCCAUUUAGUGCGCUCCAGUGUAUCGCAGGAUGCUCCUGUGCUUCGGGUACUAUUCCAUGCCGGAGCCGAUCCGGGUGGUCACUUGCAGCGUCAGAAGGUCUGUGUACUCCUGCACGUGGCCAUGGGCUCGGAGCAGCCGCUCAAGGGACGCUGCAUGCCGGAGGGCGAGGACGGUGUCUGCGUAGCCGAAGUGGUUGUGCCCCUGGGCUGGUGGCCCCAGCUGCCCGCGCCCACACAGGAUGGCAGCAGCCAGGCGCCACCCAAAGUGCCGCAGCGGUAUGCCCAGGUCUCGUACAGUGUCUUUGAACCACCAUUGCGGAAUCCCGAGCAAUGCGAGCCCAAGGUGCAGAUCCAACCGCUGACUACAUUCGCCCAGGUGCCUUUGUUGGCCGCCAGGACUCCCUAUCGUAUGUUGCGCGCCGACGAUGCCGUCACAUUUUUGCUGCCCCAACAUCCACUGUAUCCACUGUCACGUCUCCAUGUGCCCGUUUUUCUCCACCAAUAUCCCGAUCAGCGGGUGGCCGCCUUCACAGUGAGAGCUCGUGUCAAGGCGGGCUUGAAGAUUUUGGGCGCCACUGCCUCCACAGACCAGUGGAGCGUCUCCGUUGAAAAGGAAAAUCCCAAGCACACCACCGCCCGGGUGACCGCAUUCCGCAAAGAGGCCGAAUCCAGUGUGGAAAGCGGAGGUAAUCUAACCAGCGAGGUGUUUGAGGUAUUCUCAUGGCUGCUCGAGGUGGCCGAGGACACCAAUGAUAUUGUGGAUGGUGGCAAGAUUGUGUGGUCCGUGACCCAUGUCUAUGACACGCCAAAGGACAAGGAUUCCGGCGAACUGGUUAUACCCGAUGACAACAAGAAGCGACUAAUUGCCAAGCUGGAGAUCAAUAAGGACGACAUUCAGGCGGUGCUGCCGAUGGCCAAGAUCUGGGAGGUGAUGAACACGGCAGUGCUAACCGGCAGGCAGGUGGCCCAGGCCAUGAAGGUGUUUAUCGUUUCGCAGGCAGGCAAGGUGGCCGAUGUGACGCUACAGAGCUCUUGUCAUGCCGAAGACGAAAGUGUGAUCAAGGUUUCCUCGUCCUGCAGUUCUGUUUAUGUGGAUGGCUCCGAGCAGCGAGGGUCUUCCAAUGCCUCGGUCAUAGUCAAGUAUGGUACCUAUGUGGGCGUGGCAAAGUUCAUCGUUUGGAUGCCCGAGUUCCCGCUGGAGGUUUACAUAUCCGAUUUCCGUCUCUCCCAAAUCAAGGGAUGGAAAGUAACCGAUGACAAUCACUAUCUACACAACAAGCAGUCGCGCCGGAGAAAGAAGAGAUCCUACGUCUGGGGUCAGCACGGAACCAACUACUAUAACAAUCUGGGAGCAGACAAGACGAUUUGUCGAGCUCGAUAUCAGCAAAGUCCCGUAGAGGUGUACGCCAAAUUCCUGGCCGUGGAUCAGAACUCUGGACGCACCAGCUACUUUAUCUCACGGCGUACAGGCCUAAGAGUCACGGAUCUGGUGCAGCCGCUGCUUCGUGUAGCCGAUCCCAAGAUCGCAUCUCUGAAGGGUCGAAUUCUGCAGGGCAAGUCCAUGGGACGCACCGAUGUGCAGGUCCUGUCACCUAUAACGGGUCGAGUAAUUGGCACCAAGGAAAUCCGUGUGGGCAGCGACAAGGUCAACCUUUCAAAGCUCAUUGUGCGCGUCAUUUCGGGCCUGCAGCUCACCAUCAGUCCGGACAACACGAUUGAGAACGGCUACCUGGCGGAGACUUCCGUUACCCACAAGCUGACUGCUCAGUAUCAGGAGGGACUGCUUGACAUCGAUCUUGAGUUUACCGAUGGCUCCAAAACUCCUUUGCGAGAUAUUGCCGUGGAGGACUACUUCCUGCUGGUGGAGAGCUUGGACACAGAGGUGGUGGCAUUUGCUCCGAUGCUGGCUUCCCAUCAUCCUCGUGUCAUUGCCGUCGGCGAGGGCAAUGGUAACCUGCUGCGCGUGACCCUUUUACUUUCCGAGGAGUGCCGCCAGCGACGCGGCACGUUAAGCAGCUCCAAACAGAACAAAUCGAAUGCAGCACCACUGGCCAGUGCAUUGGCAUCCAUUGAAGUGGAUUUCAACAAUGUGGAUAUCGUGAGCAAGCAGGAGGCUAUCCAAAAUGAUGGCACUGUGGGCAGGGAAAGAAAGAACUAUAGGCAAACAGGCGAUCUGGCCGAUAUCAUUGUGGGCAUCCCUUUGCGCGACUCCAGCCAGCUGUACGAGCCAACUGUCCAGGCGCGUCAGCAUCGGGGCAGCAUUCAGGCGGUUCAUAAGGGUCAUCAUGGCAAGGGUAUUGCUGGCACAGGCACCAUGACCACCAUGGAACUGGGCAUGUACGUCCUGCUCACGGCGUUCUGCUUCGCUAUUAUAGUGUUUGUGAUCUCUUGCGUGGUGUAUGCCUCCAAGUUCCGGCCAGCAAUGAUUGAAUCCGGCUUGGAUCCUCUGUCGUCGGGCAAGAGCAAUAGUUCUGGUGGAUCUGGGGGCUUUCGGGAUGUGCGCUUAAAGGAGUCGACUACGAAUGCACACGAUUGGGUCUGGCUGGGACGCUCCACCAUCGACCGCCAGUCGAUUGUGGCUGAGACCAACACGCAUCUGAAUCCGAGAGAUUCCCGCAUGCGUAUCACUAGCAAUCCGAUUGUCAACUACGACAAUGGACGUCGCGUGAGCUCCUUUGACCAACAGCCUAAGCUGCAGACGCAUAUCGUGCCGGCCUCCAAUCUAAACAAACAGCACGCCGACCACUAUUUAGCCAACGAGCGCAAGGAUAAUGCCCUGGACUACAAGCCACCAGUGCCGCCGCAUAGGAAUGUGGGCGCCCGAGCAUGCCUACCGGUUCAGCCAGUGCCCGGUACUGGGUCUGUAAAGCAGGAUGCAGCACCCAACAAGCGCUACAGUCAGCUGUACAGACGUGAGCAUCUGCAGAACAGCGAUAGCAAUGCCAAUCAACAGCCGGCACAGCAGCCGAAUCAGCAACCGCCAACAGAACGCCCUCAUCCACUGGCCAAUGCCCAUCCACAUCCACAUCCGCACCAGCAUCAGCGCAGCCAUAGCCACAGCCACAACUUCAGCCAGGAGCCACUCAUUAAGGCGGCGCACAACAAAAUCAAGCAGCAGCAGCAACAACAACAGCAGCAGCAACACGAGGAGCUGCACAACGCCGAGAAGCUGGUGGAGUACACGAAUCCGCACCAGAAGAACGCGUUUCAGUUCGAUUCGCUGACACCAAAGAGAGUUACCAAAGCAGCCGCGUCAUCGCCGGCAACGCCUUCCACAUCAUCCACAUCGGCAGUCCAGGGCAAAGCUAAAGAAAACCACAGCAUGGCUAGCAGCACUGGGGAUGCGGCCAACUCAAAUGGAACGGACGAGAUUAUAAGGCUGCCAGCCAGCGCCGUCAGCCAGGAGCCCACCACGAAAUCGUCGCGUGUCAAGCGCGCCACCGUGGUGGGCAAUCCGAUGUUCUCGGCCACCGUCGAUGAGUCUGCCACUCCCGGCGAGCGUCUUGGCCUGGACGAUCUCGACAUGGAUUACGAGCAGAUCAUGCACUACUUUGACAACCUAAAGGAGUCAAAUGCCUGAGUACAGGAGAUCAUUGCUAAAAUUCGCGAGAUAUUGUCCACGUUCCAUCACCGAUAUCAAACGGUUGCCACGCCACUGACCUCGCCCACUCGCCAGCAGAUGCAGCUGCUUGACGAACUGGUCGCUGGCGUGGCAACGGCCACAGCCUUCACCGCAACCAAGUCAACACCAUUGGCCCCAGGUGACGGAGUGGCAAACGAUUCCGCUGAUGCUGAAGCUGAUGCCGAUGCUGAUGCAUUCGAUGCCUACGAUGGAGCGUUGGACAUCGAGAGCAGGCAGUUCUAGACGUCAAACCUGGCACACAUCUAAACGCAAUUCUAGCAAUACUCCCCCAGUACUCUUAAAGCAAACCUUGAGGCCGCUCCAUCCACCAACUCCGUAUAAGAAUCCAUGCUGCGAUUGCGCAAGAAGGCAGCCCGGAAACGGACUCGUCAGCCGUGCUGGCGUACGUGCAGGCAAGGAGAAGGAGAUAAUUCGAUGGAGAAACAUAUUUAUUGCUAGGCUAAGUUCAUAUUUAAAGCAUACACCUAUAGGCAUAUGUAAACGUGGAGAUAAUCCAAGUGUAUCUCGAGGAGCGCGUGCCUGACACAAUCGGAAUCGACGGGCAACCACAUAUAGUAUACAACAAUCUAUAUCUCUGUAACUGUAUCUGUAACUAUAACUGUAACUGUAUCUGCAUCUGUUGCAGUAUCUGCAUAAGUACCAUGGUGUAGUUAAGGAUCAGCCAUCUAAAGCAUAGCUUAAUCCAGACAUUUUUUCCCAUUCUCUUCGCUUCACACACACGCAUCCUUAGAUAAUGUCGCGUGUCCCAUCCGUCUGGUUCGAUUCAGCAUCUCUAUAUUCACACGAUCUCGGCCCGAUCUUGCAUAUCCUAUGUAUAUCUACUCUCUGUUGUGUCUGCGUCUGAGUGAGUGUGAGUGCAUUUUGUGUGCGUGUGUGUGUGUGCGCCAGAGAAAGUGAGAUAGAGAGAAAGCGAGAGCGAAAGUGAGGGAGACAGCGACAGAGAGAAGUUGAUAGAAAACAAAAACAAAAGAGGAGAGUUUCCAAAAUGUGCCGGGCACCGCUCCCAAAAGUCGCUAGAACUUAAAAACUGAAUAAUAUACAUGCUAUACACACGUAUUUAUAUAAUUAUAUAUAUAUAUAUAUAUAUAUAUGUAUAUAUAUAUAUAUAAUUAUGUAUAUAUAUAUAUAUAUUUAUUAUUAUAUAGCGCGCGCUAAAAUUUAAAGCAAAAUCGAAGGAUAAUCCAAAAUGCUACAUUAUCUAAAACGGAAACUUGAACAGAAAUCGUCGCUUUAUAAGUUGGCAAUUGAAGCCCAAUACCAAUCAUAAAUCGGGAAACCUAGAAAACAAACACCACACAAUUCACAAAUCACAAUUCACAAAUUACAAAUCACAAAUAAUAUAUAGACGCUUAUGAGCUUUAUUUGAUCGAUUGCAUUAAAAUGGAAGCUAAAAGCAGAACAGAAUCCCCAAAAACCGAAUCACAAACAGUAGCGGGGAAAUGUGAAACCAAAUAUUAUAUGAUAUUACCGAGCGAUCCAAGCUUUAUAUAACAAAUUUACCAUAUUUAUAGCAUACGUGCAUAUUUAUUACUAUUAUUAUUAUUACUGAUUAUUAUUAUCUUGUCUUACGAUUAUUAUCAUUACUGUAUUUAUUACCAACGAGAAAAGGAACAAGUGCAAAAUUACUUCAAACUCCAACUCAAAUCGAAAAGCCCCACUUUGAAUAGCGAAAUUAGACACGAAUCGAGGACACACUGUAAGAGGGGCAUGGAUAGAACCAGAACGCCCUAUCUAUAUGAUUAUAUAUUACUAUAUAUAUUUAUAUACAUAUAUGAUGAUAUAUUCAUUAACUUGUGUGUCACACGCGCGCUCUCCUUCUACAUACAUAUUUGUAAUUGCAUCUGUUCGUUUUCCUUAGGGAAUGUAUGAUAUACAUAUAUCAUAACACCCAAAAGCUACUUCAUUCCAUUAGCAAAUCAAACUUGUAGCCACUAAACGCGUUUUUGUCUUCUUUCGUUUGUGUUUGUUUAAGUAAGUCUGUUUAAUUUCGUUCGUAAGAUCUGUAACCACAUCUGUAGCUAUGCAUAAGUGUCAUAUCCGAUUAGUUUAUAUUUUAGAGGCCAUCUAAGUAUUAUGUUCGUUUCUCUCAUUGUUUCAUAAUCAUAUGUUGUAAAUUGUUCCGUCCAAAAAAAAAAAAAACAAAAACAAAUGAAAUGAGAAACAAGAAACAAAACAAAGCUGAAUGAAACGAUAAACAAAAGCAAACGAAACAAAGCAAAAGCAAAGCAAACAAUUGUAAAACGAAAUUAAGCAAUCUGAUUUUUUGUAAGGCUCUAAAACGAGGCCACCAGAAUGAAGCGCACGAAUGCAUUGUUUGUAAACUAAAUUUGUAGUCCUUGCAAGACUUUCCGACAUUUACUGCACUGUACUGUACAUAACGUGUUGCAAGUGCAGUGCGUUUCGUGGCCAUAGGGCCAUCGGCCAUCGCAAAGUCAUCAGAAUAACUGAAAUCGAACUCGGCUGCAGUAGAUGGCCUGGGCCUUAUAGCGCGCAAACGCACUGUGCCGUAUUAAUAAACUUAAUCCUGAGUUGCGCCCCAUCGAUCUAAGGACUGCAAGAAACCACACGCAUACACAAAGGACACAUCACUGGACACAUCCUGUUGAUUUCGACCUGUAAUAUCCUGUAAUAUCAUUAGCAUAUAGUACUAGAUGCAAUUGUUUACUACCCCUCAACCUCUCAAGCUUUAGUGACCCUUUUGUGACCCCCUUUGCACAGUAUGACAAAUCCUAGUCCGCACAAGCAAACGACACCCCCCCUCACUCACACACACACACACACACUGCCAUUGGUGAAAGUGAGAUUUAGGCGUACUGAAGCUUCCAGCAUUUACCAGUGCCAUAACUUUAUAACUUUAUAUAUAACUUUACCCACACGCGCUCAGCAGUAAGCCGAUCAAUCCGGCGAUUGAUUUACGGCUAGCAUCGAGCUUAGCACUAGCUUUCUUCCGCGAGCUUGCUUGUUGGUCAAAAACGAAGUGAGAACGAAGAGACAUCAGCCUCCCUCCAUUAAGAAAAAGAACUUAGUCUUUGCCGAUCUAGUGUCCAAUGUCCAAUGAUGAAAAUUGGUACCGCCAUAUGGAAAUCCUUAUGGCGUGAGGCGAUUGCAGGGUAUCAGUAUCAUUUUUGAAACUAGACAAAUGCGCUUGGCUUCAAUUCGCGGAUCGGCUUAAUUCUUCUAGUACUCGUAUGUGUUUAACGAUUCCAAUGCAAAGACUUUUAUAUACCUUUACUUUUUUUUAAACUAAAUAUAUAUAUAUAUAUACGUAUACACCCAUAUACUAGAUUGUACAUUAUUGUUUAGCAUGUUUCGACUGGAAUUUAAGCCGAAUUUUAGAUCUUCUCUAGUCAGUUCAAAGCGUUUUUUGUUCGUUUUGUCACUCCCCCGCCACACAGAAAUACAAAAACACACACACACCCAUAGUUUUAUAUAGUCAAGGCAAGCUUUUAACGCCCCCUGCCACGCCCCCCGCCCUUACACCUAAGCUGUAUGUACUUGUAUGUAAUAUCGAAACACAAAACAAGAAAGCAAAAAAAAACACAAAAGAACAUGAAAAAAAUGCACCUAAUAUAUGAAAACAAUUGGAAAUGAAACUUUUGAUUUUUUUUUCGAACCAUUGAAACUUGGAAAUUCAUCGAUUUAUAUAGUUAAUAAUAAUACCUAUAUCGUGCUAAAACAAAAAACAAAACGCCGGCUAAGUGUAAUGCAAACGAAAA